AUGGUUCUUGUUGGUGCGUUUUUCUGGUCCAAGAAUUUGCUAUCCAGUGAUGGCCAGUAUAAAUUAAGCAUGCAUACCAGGCGGAAGAUAUGUCCGCGGAUAAAGAAAAGGAAACAGAUGGGGAUGGGGUUCAAACAUUUCAUCUCUAUAUUGCUCGCUGGUUUGGGUCAUGAUAUACUUGCUGUUCAUGUCCAGGAUCAAUCAGGCUUCAUAAGCAUAGCUUGCGGGUUACCAGCGAAUUCUAGAUUUAAGGAGACGAAAACAGGCAUUAAUUACAUUUCGGACGAGACCUUCAUAGACUCAGGUAUAAGUAAGAGCAUAUCACCUGAAUUCACAGGUAACCAACAACAAUACGUAUGGAAUCUCAGAAGCUUUCCUCAAGGAAACCGAAACUGUUACACCAUAAACGUCACAGCAGGCACUAAAUAUUUGAUCGGAGCAACCUUCUUGUAUGGGAAUUAUGAUGGAAUAGAUAAUUUACCACAAUUCGAUCUAUAUCUUGGCCCAAAUACGUGGGACACGGUCAAAGUGGUAAAUUCAUCGCUUAGAGUCGUCAAGCAGCUCAUACAUGUCCCAUCUCGAAAUUAUGUACAUUUCUGUCUCGUAAACACCGGCCUCGGAACACCAUUUAUAUCAGCAAUAGAGUUAAGGCCAUUGAUAAAUACCUCCUAUGUCACCACAUCUGGAUCAUUGUCACUCUUUUCCCGCUUGGAUGUUGGAUCAACAAGCAAUCAAGGAUACAGGUAUGGAUAUGAUGUUCAUGAUCGCUAUUGGGUGCCCUAUAACAAAUUUGGGUGGACAGAUUUAAGCACCUCGCUUACCAUUGACACCACCAAUAGUUACCAACCACCAUCUGUUGUGAUGAGUACUGCCGUCACACCUGUAAAUGGUAACGAUUCCUUACAGUUCUCCUGGGACUCAGAGUAUGCGACUUCCGAAUAUUAUGUGUACAUGUACUUUGCUGAAGUCGUAAAGCUCGAAGCCAACCAGUACAGAUCCUUCAACAUUGCUGUAAACGAGAACUACUGGUAUGGACCCUUUGCUCCUAAUUACUUAAAAACAAACACUCUGGAUAGCUCAUCAGCCUUAAGUGGAAAAGCAAAAUAUGAAAUUUCAAUCUUCAAAACUGAAAAUUCAACAUUUCCACCCAUCAUCAAUGCGAUUGAGAUAUACUCCGUGAAAUAUCUCUUGCAAUCAGAAACAGUCCAAGGAGAUGUUGAUGCCAUCGCAAAAAUCAAGUCAACGUAUGGAAUAAAGAGAACUUGGCAAGGAGAUCCGUGUGCCCCAAAAGAAUACCCGUGGGAAGGUCUAAAUUGUAGCUAUGAUGGUUAUACUCCUCCUAGAAUUACAUCCUUGAACUUGUCCUCAAGUGGACUAAUUGGAGAGAUAUCUGCCGACAUAUCAAAUCUCGUAAUGUUGCAAUAUUUGGAUCUUUCUAAUAAUAACUUAACUGGAUCCGUGCCUAAUUUUCUAUCUCAAUUGCAAUACUUGAGGAUCUUAAACUUAGAGCGAAACCAGCUGUCCGGUUCAGUUCCAACUGAACUAAUUGCAAGAUCAAAGAAUGGUCGUUCAUUAUCAUCAAGUGUGGGUGACAAUCCAAAUCUUUGUGGAUCCGAUUCGUGCAAACAGAAGAAGAACAAUUUUGUUGUUCCAAUAGUUGCAUCACUUGGUGGAUUGUUGAUCCUCUCAUUGAUUGUUGCUGCUAUAUAUAUCUUGUUGGGAAUUAGAAGGAGAAAACAUCAAGAUAAGACUAAAGCAGUUGUAAUAAUAGAUGCUAGAUCCAACAUUCAAAAUGUAUCAUUGGAGUCAAUACAACGACAAUUUACAUAUCCUGAGCUCCUAAAAAUUACCAACUUUGAGAGAAUUGAUGGUAAAGGUGGAUUUGGAACAGUUUACCAUGGCACCAUAGAUGACACUCAAGUAGCAGUGAAGAUGCUCUCUCCAUCAUCAAUUCAAGGGUUUCAACGAUUUCAAUCCGAAGUUAAACUUCUUAUGAAGGUUCAUCAUAGAAACUUAACUACUCUUGUUGGGUUUUGCUAUGAAGGAAGUAACAUGUGGCUCAUUUAUGAGUACAUGGCCAACGGAAACUUAAAAGAACAUCUUUCAGGUGAGAAGGCAAACAUCUUAAAUUGGGAAGAUAGAAUUCAAAUCGCGACGGAUGCAGCACAAGGAUUGGAGUAUCUACAUCGUGGUUGUAAGCCACCUAUAAUUCAUAGAGAUGUGAAGUCUACACACAUCUUGUUAACUGAAAAUUUCCAUGCCAAACUAGCUGAUUUUGGCCUAUCCAAAAUUUUCCCAUGUGAUGGUGGCUCCCAUAUGUCGACUGAUGUUGCUGGCAGCCCUGGGUACCUAGACCCUGAGUACUACAUAUCAAACAAGUUAACGGAAAAAAGUGAUGUUUAUAGUUUUGGAGUUGUUCUUUUAGAGAUAAUUACAAGUCGGCCCGCACUUGAAAGAUCCCACGAAAGGACUCACAUAAGUCAAUGGGUGAGUUUCUUGCUUGCUAAAGGGGAUAUAAAAAGUAUUGUUGAUCCAAGGCUAGGUGGAAAUUUCAACAUCUACUCUGCUUGGAAAGCUGUCGAAAUAGCAAUGGUUUGUGUAUCUCCAACUUCUGCUGAAAGGCCAACUAUGAGUCAAGUAGUGGCCGUACUAAAUGAGUGUUUGCCACUUGAAUUAGCUCGCACAAAGGAGGGCAACGAGUACAAAUCAAUUGAUUUAAUUGAUGAUCAAUAUGAAUCUCACUACCGAACUCAGUCCUUUAGCACGGUAAAGGACAUAUUGAAUCUUGAAUCUUUUUGA